UGUUUUUUUCUUUGUAUCGAUUUUUCCAGUUUUGAGCCACGCCCUGAAUUUAUUACUCGAAUUCAUCGUCUGUUUCUGCGAUUGGGCUUGGAAUUCUCAAUUGGGGAGAUGGGUUUUUUGUUUUUGUUUUAUUCUUUAGAUUUUCUUCUGUCGUUUAUUUUCUCUUUGGUUCCCGUGGGGGCGUCCCUAAGGUUUCGUGCAGUUCUUGUUUCAUUCUUGAACGCCAAUUAUUUUUAAUAUGAGAAUGGAUUUUGUGGAACUCGCUUGGAAAUUCAUAAAAGGGUAGGAACCUGUUUCUGCAAUUGGCUGCCUGGUCUGGUUUCUUUUCGAUUUCAAGCCACUUUUAAGGGCUUUCUGGAUAGAACUCAUUGAUCGGUGAUGAUCGGAAUAUGGUGAAGAGUUUCCAUUAAUAGCUCGAAGAAUUCUAUUAAAUCUAAGUAAAGCCAUGGCUCCUGGAACCAGUGCUUGCAAAGAAGUUGUUGAUUCUCAUCCUUCAGUUUCAGGUCAUGACAUAGCAGUAUCUAAAUCAGAGAGUAAUUCUAAUUCUAAUUCUAAUUCUAAUUCUGCAUCGACGAAAGUUCUACUUGGCUUGGGUGGGAAACUUGGAGUUUAUUCAACCAAUGGAGUGCAGGAAUUGCUUGAGUGCCCUGUCUGCACAAAUCUGAUGUACCCUCCAAUUUACCAGUGCCCGAAUGGCCACACAUUGUGUUCAAACUGCAAGAUCAGAGUUAGCAACUGUUGCCCGACCUGUCGUCAUGAGCUUGGCAAUAUAAGGUGCUUGGCGUUGGAGAAGGUAGCUGAAUCAUUAGAGAUCCCCUGCAGAUACCACAGUUUGGGUUGUCUAGAUAUUUUUCCUUACUAUAGUAAGCUGAAGCACGAGCAGCACUGUCGAUUCCGUCCUUACAAUUGCCCUUAUGCUGGAUCCGAGUGCUCGGUCUCAGGUGAUAUCCCGUCUCUUGUUACGCAUCUCAAAGAUGAUCAUAAGGUUGACAUGCAUGAUGGGUGUACCUUCAAUCAUCGCUAUGUGAAAUCAAAUCCACACGAAGUCGAAAAUGCCACAUGGAUGCUAACGGUUUUCAACUGUUUUGGGAGGCAAUUCUGCUUGCAUUUCGAGGCGUUCCAGCUUGGAAUGGCACCUGUUUACAUGGCAUUCCUACGAUUCAUGGGCGACGAUAAUGAAGCAAAAAAGUUCAGCUACAGUUUGGAAGUGGGUGGCAAUGGCCGUAAACUGAUAUGGCACGGAAUUCCUAGGGGCAUCCGUGACAGUCACCGAAAAGUCCGCGACAGUCAAGAUGGUCUCAUCAUUCAAAGAAACCUGGCGCUGUAUUUUUCGGGAGGGGAAAGGCAAGAGCUGAAGCUGAGAAUCACGGGUCGAAUAUGGAAAGAAGAAUGAAUGAGAUCGAGUGAGGGACGAUGAUCCACGGUGUUAAGGUGAAUGUGUUACUGUACAGUU